AUGAUGCAAGCAAGUGAUGAAGAAACUGCUCUUCCUUUCCGAGAGUCCAGAACCACUUUGGAACGACCUUCAGUCUCGCAACCAUACUCAGUUUUUGGAUCUGAAGAGUUUGAUGAUGACGAUGAAAAUUUUGAGGAUCAAGAAUUGGUGGUCUAUCUCGAUGAAAAUCGAAGAUAUUUCAACAAGCACAAAAAUCAUUAUGCCGUUGUUUCUUCACCUGUGAAGAAUGGAAAUUCCGAUUUUACAAGUGAGUCUGGUAGCACUAUUGCAAGUGGUAGCACUGAAGUAUUGAUUUCUCACACACAUAGUCCAACGCUAUCAUCCAACACUUCUAACAUUUCAUACUCCAAUAGAAAAAGGAGAGUUUCUGUUUGGAUACCUACACUAACAAAAAGUGAUUUAAUAUCGUCUCUAUCUGCACAGAUUAAUCAGACUGUUGAAUUUGAUUUUAAAAAAAGCUCUUCUUCUACAAGUACUGACCUUCCAUUGAUCAAUAGUGGUGAUAAGAAAUAUAUUGGUUAUUCAAUUGAUUUAGUGAUUGGUUUUAGUAAUGAUUCAAUGAAAUGCCAACACAAAGUGGUGAGAAGAUAUAACGAAUUCAAGAAAUUUCAUACAUUGCUCAAGAAAACAUAUCCUAUCAAAGAAUCAUUCUCGAAUAUCAAAUUUCCUUCAAAGAGUCCAAUAACCUCAUACAAUGAUCAGAAUUUACUAGACUAUAGAAAGAAAGCCUUCAAUGAAUAUCUCGCUACCAUUUUGCAACUGCAAUCAGAAGCAAGAAAAAAGAACUUGGAUGAAAUCAAGAAGAAAAAUCUAGACUCGUUUGAUUUUCUCAUCUAUUACUUUUUUGAUAUUCAUAACUCGCCAUUGGCUUUUCUUUUUGAUCAUCCAUAUGCUGAUAUAUUCAAACAAAUUAAUCAAUUUCAUCGCACCACAAAAGAGGAGAAGAGAAAAAUUAAACGAAUUAUUGAAAUUGAAAGUAAUUAUGAUGAGGAAAAGGAAAAUGAAAAUGGACAGUUUUUAUUACGAGAACAAGAAUGGUAUGAAGAUAAAUUCAAACGAAUUGAAGAGUUGAAAAAGGUUCUCGUUGAGAUGAGAUUGAGUGGUGAUGAUUUUUUUGUCGAGUUGAAAGGAAAGCCUCACGCUCUUUCCGUCGAUAAGGCAUCCAGUUCUCUUCUCAUGUAUCUUCUUAUUGAAAAUAAUUCUAAGGACAAGUCGACCGGAAUUGAUUAUACCUUUGUGCAACAAAUAUACAUUGAUGACAUUAUGCAAAUUAGGGAUACCAACAAUACUUAUCGAGGUGAUGGAUUUGAGAUUAUAGAUAUUACUCUGUAUAAUAGCGAACCAAUCCAAUUUUAUUGCUUUGAUAGAAAAGAAUUAAUCUAUACCAUUGGUGCUCAAAUGAACCAAUAUAAGGCUGCAAAAUUUAGAGUUAUUAAUUAUUUGGUUGGAACUGUCUCCAAAUUAAGAAAGGAAAGAUAUGAUGAAAAUAAUGAGUUUCAUGAAAAGGAUUUAUUAGAAUUAUAUGCUCUGCUUAGGCCAGAUGAUCCUCUCAUCGCAAGGAAAUCACGACAAUGGGUAAACAUUGGGUUUCAAGGAGAUAAUCCAUCCACUGAUUUUAGAGGAGGAGGAGUCAUGAGCUUAAAGAUGUUAUUAUAUUUUGCAAGAAAUGAUCUCAAAUUGAUGAAGUCAUUGAUUGAUGAACAACAUGCAUAUCCAUUUUGUGUGUCUGGAAUUAAUUUAUUCUUUGCAUUGUGCACAUUGCUGAAUGCUGAGAAUCUUGCCACUUGUCCGAUUGAAAACAUUGAAAACAAAUUUCCAUUAUUUCGAUUCAUGUGUUUACAAGUCAAGAACUAUGCAACUGAGCCUGAGAUUGUAUUUGGCCAAUUAUUUAUGCUGAUUUGCAAACUGUUGCACAAAAUAUUCGUCGAGAGUGGUUCUGGUUAUAUGGAUUACCCUCAAGUGGUUGACAAGACCAAGAAAGUCCUUGAAGAUGCCAUUCAAAAACGACCCAAUGAUUUCUCAGCACUACAAACAGCUCUCUUCGACUCUACUAAUGCAUGA